AUGACACCCGCCACCACCGAAGUCGACCAACUUGAUCACUGGCUCGAUUCCUUAACCGUAGGGACGAACACCCCAACGCACACUGAGCGAACGCCAACCGCAUCGGAGUCAGGCGACAACACUACUGACUACACGCCAACCGCAUCGGGGUCAUGCGACAACACUACUGACUACAUUGGUCUUACUCGGAAGUCCGAUCCUCACCACGACGGUAGAUACAUCAUUCUUGAUGUCUCCCGUAGCCGUGCUCUGACGUGCCACGACGGAUAUCUACGUCUUGAGACAAUCGACCUAAACAUACCCCACCAACACGUGUCAGAGCAGGCACAGUGGGAGUGUAAGGAAAGGGGUGGCUUCAGAGGGUUCAAGAAUAUUGCUGCGAGGACCUUUUUGGGACACGACGUUUGGUGGGACUUCUACGCAAAAGUUUACCACCAUAAGGGAUGGGAAGAUUUUACUCUCUGUCGACGUGAAGGUGGCCUGUAUUGGAUUCAAACUCUGGACUGGUGGACGCAGAGGCAGGUUUCUGCGAAGGAGGAUGGAAUUGGUUUGUUUCGACAGGAUGAUGGGGGUACUUUGUGGGAAUUUGUCAAGGUUUCGAACUGA